UACCCACGGUCGUGAGGAGGAGGAGGAUGUUGCGCGUGAAGGGGAAAUGGCUGCCGAAAACAAGCCGGAAGGACUGAAGAAAGUUCGUAAUCCGGAUCGAAUGUACAGAUCAACCGUGUGUUAUGCUGGCCACGGUCCACCUAAGAGUAUCAGUGAUGACACAGAGACCAACAAUGAACAUGGACAUUUGAAAAUAUACCUGCCCAAGAAGCUGCUUGAAUGUCUACCAAAAUGCACCUCACUGCCGAAGGAGAGGCACCGGUGGAACACCAAUGAGGAGAUCGCAGCUUACUUGAUAACGUUUGAAAAGCAUGAAGAAUGGCUAACAACAUCCCCUAAAACAAGGCCGCAGAAUGGGUCGAUGAUAUUAUACAAUAGGAAGAAGGUCAAGUACAGAAAGGAUGGCUACUGCUGGAAGAAGAGGAAAGACGGCAAGACCACUCGGGAGGAUCACAUGAAGCUGAAAGUGCAAGGAGUUGAGUGUCUAUACGGCUGCUACGUCCACUCGUCCAUCAUCCCCACCUUCCACCGUAGGUGCUACUGGCUGCUUCAGAACCCUGACAUUGUGCUCGUCCACUAUUUGAAUGUGCCAGCCAUUGAGGAUUGUGGGAAACCAUGCGGUCCAAUCCUGUGUUCCAUCAAUACAGACAAGAAGGAGUGGGCCAAAUGGACCAAGGAGGAGCUGAUCGGCCAGCUCAAACCCAUGUUUCAUGGCAUCAAGUGGACUUGCAGCAACGGGAACAGCAGCUCUGGCUUCUCAGUGGAGCAGCUAAUGCAGCAGAUACUGGACAGCCACCAGACUAAGCCACCUCCCCGGACUCACAACUGCCUCUGCACGGGCACGCUGGGUGCUGGUAGCAGUGUGCACCACAAAUGCAACAGCGCCAAACACCGCAUCAUCUCCCCCAAGGUGGACCCCCGCACAGGGGCCUACAGCAGCGCUCACUCUGAAGUGCAAAACAACGAUGUGUCCGAGGGGAAAACCGAGCACAGCGGCCAUGGUGGCGCCAAAGGUUCUGGGGGAGGAGGCGCGGGAGGGGGCAGCGCCAGAGAGAAACGGAACGGCAAAGUCCACAAGCCCAUCUUGCUGCAUCAGAACAGCACUGAGGUUUCAUCUACCAACCAGGUGGAGGUGCCUGACACCACCCAGAACUCCCCCGUGUCCAUUAGCAGCGGCCUCAACAGCGACCCAGACAUAGCUGACAGCCCUGUGGUGACAGGAAUGAGUCAUGUGGCCUCCGUCAUGCCUGGUCUCUCCCAGGGGGUCUUCAUGUCAGAAGUUGCUGGAGACCCCGUCUACAGUAUGUCUCCAACUGGUGGCCCCAACACUCACCUUAUGGGCGCAGAUGCCACCUCCCAUGGCUUGGUGCUCUCUGUGACCUCUGAUCGUCACAAGUUUGCUUUCCCCACCGGAGGAGUGGGGGAACAUGGAAAUACAGGAGACAGUCUUUCGAUGUUGUCCACAGGUGGGGUUUCUGAGGAACUGGUACUCUCAAGCAGUCUGGACUCUGGAGCCAUCAAGAUCCCGGAGACCAAUAUGAACUUUGACCCUGACUGCUUCCUGAACAACCCCAAACAAGGCCAGACCUAUGGAGGUAGUGCAAUGAAAACUGAGGGAAACUGUGCCUCAUCCUCCUGCGGGGUCAGCGGUAGCACCAACGGCACUCUGCAGAGCUCUCCUUCCAUGACGGACAAUGGCUACAGCUUCAGCUCAGCUUUAGUGAAGAACAUCAAGACAGAAGACACCUCCUUUGAGCAGCAGCUGGCUAACGAGAGUGGCUACCAGGUGGGGGCAGUAGUGAAUUGUGGUAGCGGGGUGUCUGUGCCACCUGGCGCCAGUUCUGGUCAGGGCAGCCUCACACUGACUGCAGCGGGAUCCUUGCUUCCUUCAGGUGGAGGUUUAAGUCCAAGCACCACCCUGGAGCAAAUGGAUUUCAGUGCUAUUGAUGCCAAGCAGGACUACACGUCCACCGCUUCCGCAGUGAGCUAUGGGCAAGCCAUGUCUAGUCCUCACAUGCCACACCAGAACCGUUCUCCUAGUUUUUUUCUUCAAGAUGCUUCUCAGUCCAGCCAGGCUCAGCAGGGAAGGGCCGGCAGGAGCCAGAAAACACACAUGAUGGAGCACAAUGCGCAUGAAUCUGGAGCUUAUAUGGGGCUGCAUGUGGUGAAGACUGAAUCUCCUGGCAGUAAUGGUCACCUCCACCACCAGCAGCAGAACCAACAUAGGGCCAACUGUAAUGGAGGCUCACCAACAGACAGCACACCUCAAACUGGACCCCUCCAGCUGCUACAGUACCAGGGAAACUUCUCUGGGCUCGGCAAUGAGCAUGAGGAUGUGGUGGGUCUGGAACAGCCGGUUAGUGCGAGUUCUGGGCAGGCUGGAGCCUCAGAGAAUGGAGCAGAUAAUUUACUGAAACCUGGAGAUCAAAUGCAGGCUUGUGUGGCAGGAAAUGGAGAGGGAGGCGCCACUGAGCACUAUCUACAGACGUCCGAUGCUGGACGAGGAGGAAACGGUGGUGCGGGUGAAGGGAUGUCACUUCACAAUGGAAACGGUGACGGCAGCCAUCGCUCGGCACAGCAACAGCAGCUGCAGCCGCUCCUCCAGGGAGCAAGCAUGGUCCAGGGACUCUACAAUGCCGUUGCAACCCACCAAGGCUUGGGGACAGCCACCAGUAACGGAGGAGCAGCAGGGGCGGGCAUGGAGAUCAGCCUGGAUCACUUUGACAUCUCUUUUGGAAACCAGUUCUCUGACCUCAUUAAUGACUUCAUCUCCGUGGAUGGCAGUGGAACGGCCAUGACCGCCGGAGGAACCCUCUAUGCUCACCAGCUCGUCGCUUCACACAGCUCUGAUGGUCAAAACGCUGCAGGUGGGGGCCCGCCACAGGGCCAGGAGGAUGCCAGAGGCUCUGGCUACAACCCCUCAGAGCUCUGCCUUCAACCAUGCUGCAGCCCUCAGUCUCUGACUGGGGGUGCGAGUGCAGGGGGAAACACCGGGGAGGCGGGUUCACUGUCGUACAUGAAUGUAGCUGACGUGGUCUCUGCAGCUGUUGCCCAUGGCGCUCUGGGUAUGCUCCAGGCUACUGGGCGGCUCUUCAUGGUCACUGACUACUCUCCUGAGUGGUCCUAUCCUGAGGGUGGCGUUAAAGUGCUAAUCACAGGGCCCUGGCAAGAGGCUGGCUCAAACUACAGCUGCUUGUUCGACCAGAUCUCCGUUCCAGCCUCUCUUAUUCAACCAGGAGUGUUACGUUGCUACUGCCCAGCUCAUGACACAGGUCUGGUGACACUUCAGGUGGCCGUCAGUAAUCAGAUCAUCUCCAACUCUGUGGUUUUUGAGUACAAGGCUCGCGCCCUUCCUUCCCUUCCCUCCUCUCAGCACGACUGGCUCUCGCUGGAUGAUAACCAGUUCAGAAUGUCUAUCCUGGAGCGUUUGGAGCAGAUGGAGAGGAGGAUGGCAGAGAUGGCCAGCCACCAGCAGCAGAGCAGUGCAGGCAGUGGUGGAACUGGAGGAGGAACAGGAGGCUCCAGUGGGGGAGGGGCGGCAGGCGGAGGUGGCGGAGGGGGAGACAACAACAGCCAGACCCAGUGUGGAUCCGGCCCAACGCAGGCCAGCAGCUCCUUCGAGAGCCGUGUGGUGGUGGUUUGUGAGAAGAUGAUGAGCAGAGCUUGUUGGGCCAAGUCCAAACAUUUAAUCCACUCCAAGACUUUCCGAGGCAUGACGCUCCUUCACCUGGCAGCUGGCCAGGGCUACGCCACCCUCAUCCAGACGCUCAUCAAGUGGCGCACCAAGCAUGCUGACAGUAUUGAUCUGGAGUUAGAAGUGGACCCUCUCAAUGUGGAUCAUUUCUCCUGCACACCUCUGAUGUGGGCAUGUGCGCUGGGUCAUCUGGAGGCCGCUGUGGUCCUAUAUAAAUGGGAUAGACGAGCCCUAGCAAUUCCAGAUUCUCUGGGCCGCCUACCUCUUUCCAUUGCCCGCUCUCGUGGCCAUACCAAACUGGCUGAAUGUCUGGAGCAACUGCAGAGGGAGGAGCAGCAGCAGCCACCGGCUCCUCUACCCCCCACAAUUCGAAUGUCUUUCUCCCCGGCGCCCGACACCCCCACUACAGACAGCUGGAUGCUCAGCUGGGCAAACGAGAGCGUAGUAGCACCCGAUAGCAAGAGAGGAGGUCCCGCAACAACGACCACCACAUCCAGCAACACCAGCCAAAAUCCAGACUUGAGGAGGCCCAGGUCAGAGCCUUCCAGCUACUACAGCAGCAGUGAGGGGCGAAGAGACCUCCCACUUGCUAAAAAGCAUAAGCCCAACCCACAACAGUUUCAGACGCGGCCUGACAAGGCAAUGUCUGUUCCUCUUAGCCUGGAGCAGCAGCAGCUCCACAAGCUUUCCUCUAGCCCCAAGAGCCAGUCCUCAGAGAGCCCAGACAAGAGUCUGUCUAUAGGAGGUAUCACGGGGACAGCUAGAUGGACCAGCAGGGAGAGUUUCUCCUGCAGCAACUUGGGGAAAGAGAAGCUCGUCACCCGGUUACGCCAGCGGGAACCGCUCGGCAGGCUGGUCAUGGCAGACAGAAGCAUGGCUGAUGCAGAAAUGCUGUCCUAUCGGGAUGAUCUGGAGAAUCACGACUGUCUCACGCAGAUGGAUAACCUACAGGCGAAUAUGAUGACUCUGGCAGAGCACAUCAUUGAGGCAACACCAGAGAGGAUCAAGAGGGAGCACUUUACUUCUGCAGACUCUUUGCCAGUAGACACAUCAGGGGUUAACAACACAAUGAACUGGCUGGCCAACUAUCUGGGAGAUGUUGAGCAGCUGCCCAGCAUCUUACACUUGCGAUCUCUGUAUAAUGAGCCACUGACCCCGUCGUCCAAACCCAGCCUGAGUCCUGGGGGUUCUCCACUGGGAGAGGGGCCCUUAGAGAGGCCCACACUUCCAUCACCGGCAGACUGGAGUGAGUUCAUCAAUGCCUCCAACAGCAAGGUGGAAAGAGACCUGGCCCAGCUGACUCUGUCUGAUCCAGAACAGAGAGAGCUGUACGAAGCUGCCCGUCUAGUUCAGACCGCCUUCCGCAAGUACAAGGGGCGGCCGCUUAGAGAGCAACAGGAAGUAGCUGCUGCUGUUAUUCAGCGUUGUUACAAGAAAUACAAACAGCUUACAUGGAUAGCCUUGAAGUAUGCACUUUAUAAGAAGAUGACGCAGGCCGCCAUCCUUAUCCAGAGUAAAUUCCGCAGCUACCACGAGCAGAAGAAGUUCCAGCAGAGCAGGAGGGCCGCCGUGCUCAUUCAGCAAUACUACCGCAGCUAUAAGGAGUUUGGCAGGCUCAAGCCUCACCACCGUGGGGCGGCCGCUGGCCUGGUGCAGCACAAAUUGAGAAGUAGUCUGCUUAGUAAGAGACAGGAUCAAGCUGCUAGGAAGAUUAUGAGGUUUCUCCGUCGCUGCCGCCACAGCCCCUUGAUGGACCAUAGACUGUUCAAGCGGGGUGAAAGAAUUGAAAAGGGCCAGGGAACAUGAGCCCACUCAGAAGACCCCCCCUCGCAAUGUGACGUCACUCCUCUAACGCCUCUUUUUUUUAAUUUGUUUUUUUCUUCUUCUUUUGGACCCAAGACAUUUUACAGGAGAAGUGGAUGAAAAAUAGCAUCAGUGCAACACAAUUUGUCUCCACGCACACAUUUUUGGUUGGAGAGUUGCAACUUUGGGGUUAUAAACUUGUGUGGGGAGGGUGUUGCAGACAGGUUUGCUUCAUGGCAUUUUUUUUUCUUCACUUUUUCUGGACUUGAUUUUGGACAAUGAAGGAAGAGAACCACAGAUAAGCCUGAAGAGGUCAAUAAAAGUAAAGGCUGCUGCUGAAUAUCUCACAGCAUUGGAAGACCAUGCUGGAAGACUCUUAAUUGUAUUUCAGAAUUUUUUUAAAUGACCGAUCGGUUCCUGCGGUGAUGGAUUUGUUUUUUUUGUUCACCAAAAACAUCAAUAACCCACUCAGCCAUAUGGAUAAUACAUACAUAAUCAAGUCAGGUCAACAGCUCACUGCAUCCCACAGUGCUCGGCCCCAUGUUGGCCCACACAGCUCGAGCUACGACUGAAUGUAGUUGGGGGAGCAAAUGGGGCAUCAAAUAGUUGUCUGUUGUUACCUUAUGACUUGGAUUUGUUCCAUUCUGUUUUUCCCUCCAUGCCUAAUGUAUCAGUGAUCUGUAUCUCCAGGUUAUAUGUUGUAGAAUUCAAUCCAAGAAAAAAAAAUGCAUGAUUUAUGGAUAAAAAAAAAAAGAAAGUCUUUGCUCGUGUGUUUUAUGGUCUUAGUCUUUUCGCGGCAGGCUAAGCCUUCAUUGUCUUCGUUACUCACAUUUGCCUGUUUUUUAUUUUAUUUUUUUUAUUUUUAUUGUUGUUGUAACAGUUGGGGUUAUGUUCAGAUUAUGCUUGUUUUUUUCAAUGAACUUCAGAGCCUGUGAGGGCUUUUGAGGGGAAGAUCACAUACAUUGCCUUGACAUCUUAGAGAUUCUUUGAGGGGUCCCUAAGAUUGUCCCAAAAAAGGGGUUUGACAAAUCCAUAUUUUUGAGAAAUAAGCGGACAUUUCUGUAUAUAAAGAAGGCUCGAAGUAGUUAGGAAUUUUAAAAAAUGACACAUUUACCCAAAGGGGUUUGUAUUUUAGAAAUAUAUUAUUUUAUUCAUUUAAAAAAUGGGCCAAAAAGAGAUACAAGACUAAAACUAAUAUUUGUAUAGUUUUCUUUGAAUGCCUAAGAAGUACAGAUGUAUUGUUUGUAAAUAGUGUACAUAACUGGGAUAAAAAUGAGUUAUGUGCAUGUAAAGUAAGAAGAGUCAAGGGUGGGAGAUGGGGACACAACAAAGCAGUAGUGGCCAUGCGCUGUAAAAUGAAAACUGUUUCACUAUUAGAGUAUUUUAUUUUGAUUGUUCCAAAAAAAAGAACGUUUUGCUAAAGCAUGUUAUUAUUGCCAUAUGAAAAUGUACAACUAAAAAUCUGUCCGUAGAGUUAGAAGUCUGUAAAAAUCACCCUAGAACAAGUUGCUUUACCCUUUUUUUCCAUGUAUUCAUGUUGAGCUACCCAGAAUCCUUUGCCAGUGGUGCCGAGGAACGUGAAUGCGAUAUAGCUUAGGAAAAUAUCUACAAGGCUGACAAACAUACAAGGAAAUAUAGAUUUCAGCUGACUGAUGAUCACGAGAAUAAUAACAACGAUAGUGCACAUUUUUAAGAGGGAAUCAUAUUUAAGAAGAAAGCAUUAUAUAACCACCAUCACUCAUUAUCAGAGUCUUAUCUUGGUUGUCUUUACAAAAAGAAUGUGAUGAGUUAUCGUGUGGAUUUUUCAUGAUUGUAAAUGGCAGCCUUGACCAGGCAGGUUCUUUUGUCUCCAUCAACAAGAUUUUUAAAUGUGUCGUGCAAUGUUUCUCAGUAUUAAAUGAUGAAAUCAUCCUCAUUCAGUAUUUCAUUCUUGAUCAAGGCUGCCAGGUCCAAAGUGAUCUUAUGCUGUAUUCUGUGGAAAAAGGUUCAUAUUUCAAGUUGAAACACAUGUAGCAUACUGUGCAUGACUGCAUUUCUUUGUCAAGCAGCCAAAGGUGCUACUUUUAUUUCAUCCAAAAUUGAAUAUUAAAAAUUGAGCCUCAAUUUGUGCAAAACUAAAGUCAAUAGGUGUAUUUUGCAUAUCAAUGUUUAUUCAACAAUAAUUUGGUGAAAUAGAUGUUUCUGUGUUCAAUUUCCCCCCUAAUGUAUUGUUUUGUCAGUGUUUAUGUUGAAAGUGCCUUGUCACCAAAGGUCACGUGAAUUUUAAAAAGGCUUGUUUUUGUCCAUUGGAGUCACAAGCUGAUGAGCACCGUAACCAACGGCCAUAGCGAUGCGACAUGCCCUCGUCACACCAGCGUCCAUGCAGCCCUCAAGCUUGUCAACAUGCAAUGCUCUGCUUUUCUUUUUGUCUUUCUUUCGUCCUGCCUGGCACAGCUUCCUCAAAUCACAUUGAGAAAUGCCACUACUGGGGUUUGUUGCGAUGCAUAUUCACCCUCAGGUCUGCGGGUGGAAUGCAUAGCCAAUGCACAGUCGCUAAAAGGAGGGGGGGUUACUAUGCUUGCAUGGGUACAAUAGUUAACUGGGUGAUAGAAGUGCACCUGACGCAUGCUUUCUUUCCUAGAAUCAGUAGUCGGAUGAACUCUCAUGACAAACGGGUUCCGCAAUGCAAUGAGCGCUGCUUUGACGUGCCGCAGAAAGGCGAGAGGGGCACAUGCUCAAUAAGCAGUACUAAAUAAACGGUAGCUGCUAAUGUUUUCAUGGCAAAGCACGAGGGCUGUUUUUCAGCCAGCUUGAAAUGAGCCUUUUUUUCUUUUAAUUUCCAUUUGUCAUUCCUUUCAAUUGAGUCUGUGGGCUCCAAAUUUGAGCGAGACCAUUGUGAAUCAAUAUGGAAGACAUACAUGUCAAAGAUCAGCGUUGCUCUGCUGUUUCGUCUCCCUUCUGUGUUUUACUCAGGGUGCCAAAAUGGGGAGGAGGAAACAGAGCAAAUCAGAGGAGGAUGACUUGGAAUAAACUAUUAUUAAUAUUAUUUGCAUUAGAGGCUUGCCAAAUCAUUGUGCCCAACAGAUUAGCAUUAGAGAAGCUCUGCGCUUGAAAUGAGUCUGUUUUGACUGAAUGACGUUUGAGGAUCGGCCUUUCCUCCUCUUCUUUUUCCCACCGCCCCCGCCCGAGAGAGGUACAGUAGAGACACAUCAGGACAACAAGUAGUCUCACUACAUGUUCCACUCGUCAACAAGAGCAAUAAAGAGACCCACGUUGAAAACGACCGGGGACACACAGUCAACGGACUCUUAUGCAAAUGUCAGUAUUGCAAGACAAGCAUUCAGUAGAGAGAAAUUAUAUGGCACCCUAUACCGAACUGCACGUUUUCAUCAAUUUCCAAACGAGAAGAAAAAAAAAGGCCCUACUUUGAUAGAAAGCUUUGGGUCUUCAACACUUUGCAUGUGGUGAACUAGUGUUAGAUCUACUUUCCUCUCCUCUAUAGCGCUCUUUCUCUGUCUUCCCCUGUUAUGUGACUUUUCUCCUACUCUCAAAUGUUCCAGCUCCCCUCAGUUUUUCCUAAUGUGUUUUUGUUUUCUUCUUGCUUUUUUCCCCUUCUUCCCUUCUCUUGUUUGUAACUUUUAUUUUUGUAACUGUGCAUGUACAAGCGUCACUGACUCGAUGGAUAUGUUUAAAAAAAUUAUAAUAAUGAUUUCAGCUGCUGAAGCCAUGCAAAACAUUUUGAAAUGCCCUUAAAUAUGGAAGAUGUUUUCUGAAUGCUUUAUAUUCUU